CCUACGUACUUUAAUACAUUAAAAUAAAGUAGUCUCCUCAUUCAGGCUUCAAGGCAAUCGGUACACAACCACAAUGACUUCAUCAUCGACACCUCCGGCACUUGCAAAGCCAGUGGCAUGAGCAUGAUCGGAUGGCGUCAACUGCAGGUGGCAUACAUGUAGGUGUUCUGACUCAUUCCCAAACUCUCAGCCCCAAGCGCUGUCGUCGUAUUGAAUUCCUCAACAGCGGCUGUGGAAUGCUUCAAAGCAAUCGGUACACAACCAUAAUGACUUCAUCAUCGACACCUCCGGCACUUGCAACGCCAGUGGCAUGAGCAUGAUCGGAUGGCGUCAACUCCACGGCAUAUAAUAGUGGCGGCCGUUGGUGGGGCUCACUAAGGUAAGGAGAAACCCAACGAGACAACAACUGUUGAUCUCCAGAUGUGCUCUGCCCUGUCGAGCAUCAAACGUGCCAUCAACCGCCUACAGCAGGAGCAUGAACCUACCGGACCCUACUAAGCCAGAGAAUAGGACCUCCCAGCAGGAGAACCACAAUUCUAUUCGACAAGUCCAGUCUACCACCGCCGAAUCGACCACCUCAAGCAUGCGUCUUCCUAGUCUCUUCCUCUGCCUUGUAGCUGUCGUGGCCGGUGUUUCUGCCGCUACUACACAGUCGACUGCGCAGCCGAUUCUGUUCGCUGCUACUUGGACGAAGGAGACCACGAAUGGUAUCAACACGUUCAAGCUGAACACGGCGGACGGUUCCCUUACGCCGUACGGAAUCACCCCCCUCAGCUUCGCGGCCAAGGGACUCAACCCGACGUACGUCCAGGGAUCGACGAAGAAGUUCUCGAAUGGUGAGCGUGUCAUCUACGCGCUCAACCGCGGGUCCACCUCUGGCUACCUGUCGGCGAUGACUCUGCAAUCGAACGGCACUCUGAAGGUCAUUAACUCACAGGAGAUGAAGGGAGCAUCUCCUGCCCACAUUGCUCUUAGCCCCAAAGAGGACUUCGCUUCGGUUGCCAACUACGCCGGCAGCGUCUCUCUGUUCCCGCUUAACGCUGAUGGCUCUGUUGCUGCCGAGUCUUUUUACCAGGACUUCCCCGUUGGAAGUAAGGUGGUCAUGGACACUCAAGCUACGGGCCACAUCCACAGCACCACGUGGUUGCCGAACUCGAACCACGUUGUUGCUGCCAAUCUUGGCGGUGACGAGCUCCUUCAGUACGAGCUGGACGCGACCAAGAAGACGCUAAAGAGCCUGGCGACUGUCAAGCGCCCUGCUGGAUCGGGACCCCGCCACAUGGCUAUCGGUGCGAAGGGAGACAUUGCCUACGUCACGGACGAACUGUCGAACACUGUCGGAGUAUACACUAUCGACAAGAAGGCUGCACUGCUGUCGAGCACCGCUAUCCAGAACGUCACGACGCUGCCUGCUGGAUUCACGAACACCAGUACGGCUGCCGAUAUUCACUUGUCCAGCAACGGAAAGUUUGUGUACGUUUCGAACCGCGGUCACAACUCAAUUGUCACGUACAAGAUCAACGCCGAUGGCACACUGAAGGCUCUUAACUGGGAGAGUUCGCGUGGUGUGACGCCGCGUGGUUUCGUGAUCUACCAAGACUGGCUGAUUGUGGCCAACCAGGGAUCGGACGACAUGUACGUGUUCAAGGUGAAUGGUGAGACCGGAGCCUUGACAUACACUGGCAACUCGUACAAGAUUGACGGAGCUAUCAGCCUCUACGUCGCAGAAUACUAACUAGAUGUUGAGUUACUAAAAGUGUCCUCCA